AGUCCAGGCCACUACCCCUACCACCACCACCACCUCCAGCUCUAGCAGUACCGCUUGUCUGAGUCCGCCUCCUCCACUCGGCCGUGGUCACUCAGUAUCAGCUGAUGCUCCGUGUCGUAGGGUCGUGACGCCGCCGCUCGGAGCCCGCCUUCACUCACUCGCUCACUUGCCCGCCACCUUGACGUUUGCCUCUCGUGGAUGCCCUCUCUCGACAUGGGUUUGGGCGGGAAAGACUUGACAUUGGGCAGGAUGAAGGCGCUGAUCCUGGUUGGUGGGUAUGGGACGCGCCUACGGCCACUCACACUCAGCCGACCCAAACCACUGGUGGAGUUUGCCAACAAGCCAAUUGUGCUGCACCAGAUUGAGGCGCUGGUGGCAGCAGGCGUGACUCAUGUGGUGCUGGCCGUGUCCUACCGGGCCGAGCAGAUGGAGCAGGAGAUAGCCAAGGAGGCUCAGAAGCUUGGUAUUGAGAUCACUUUUUCCUUGGAGGAGGAGCCACUAGGCACUGCAGGACCCAUUAAGUUAGCCCAGAAUAUUCUUGCCUGCAAUGAUGAACCAUUCUUUGUGCUGAACUCGGAUGUGAUCUGUGACUUCCCCUUCAAUCAGAUGGUCAAGUUUCACAAGAAACACGGCCGGGAAGGAACUAUAAUGGUGACCAAGGUGGAGGAGCCAUCCAAGUAUGGUGUGGUGAUAUAUGAUGAGACGGGGAAGAUUGACAGCUUUGUGGAAAAGCCACAGGAGUUUGUGUCUAACAAGAUCAAUGCAGGAAUGUACAUUUUCAACCCAUCCAUCCUACAAAGGAUAGAGUGUCGGCCAAUGAGCAUUGAGAAGGAGGUGUUCCCCUUCAUGGCCAGGGAUGGGCAGCUGUAUGCACAGGAACUUUCUGGCUUCUGGAUGGACAUUGGGCAACCUAAGGACUUCCUCACUGGCAUGUGCCUCUACCUCAACUCUUGCAAGAUUAACAACAGUGCCAAGCUAUACAAGGGACCAGGUGUUGUUGGCAAUGUGCUGGUGGACUCUUCAGCAAAGAUUGGAAAGAACUGUCGAAUUGGUCCCAAUGUGACGAUUGGACCAGAUGUGGUGGUGGAAGACGGGGCAUGCAUCAAGAGGUGUACCAUCCUGCGUGAAGCCACCAUCCGCUCACACACCUGGCUGGAGAACUGCAUCAUUGGCUGGAAGUGCAUUGUGGGACAGUGGGUAAGAAUGGAGAAUGUGUCUGUGCUGGGUGAGGACGUCAUAGUGAAGGAUGAACUGUACAUCAACGGAGGGAUGGUGUUACCCCACAAGAGUAUUGCAGCAUCUGUGUUGGAGCCCAAAAUCAUCAUGUGAGGCCUUAGCAGCCUUACCUGUGCUAUCUCGCCUCCAGAAACAGAACUCAGUGGUUUAUCCUGCAGUUGCUCACUUAUAUUUUUAAAAUUGCACUUGACUUAUUCACAGGAGGCUGAGAUCAAAGUGGCAGGUAGGGGGCCCACAUGUAUUUAUGUUUUGCAUCUCUGUCUUUUGAUUACGUUACCAUUCUUUUGAGACACCUACUUAGUUGAGUUAAGUAACAAGUUUAAGAAACCAGACAAUACAAUUUUUGGUGCACCUUCCACUGUGGAAUUUAAUUGUUUCUUGACCAGUGCACUUGAAGACCACAUCCUGAGGAUUUUAUUAUUACAUAUUGUAAUAAUUUAGAAAAAUACAUUUUAUGGUCUCAGGGACUUCUCAAACCUGGUGAGAGAAGUGUAGCAGGAAGUAUUCUCCUCUAAAUAAUUUCCCUGUUUGAGGGGGAAGCUUGCUACAUGUCAGAAGAAAAUAAACAAAUUUUUUAUAUUUCAGUCUUAAAAUUACCAUAAUUCUUUCAUGAAAGAAAUCUAACAUGGGAAAAGUGCAUUAUAGGUUAAGGUCAGGCUGCAGUUUUAGUGAUACUGUAUGGGAAGGACUGAAAAAGAUGAACAACAGAAUGUGAGGGAGAACUUUGCAUCCAAUAGGAAAGAAAAACAUUUAAGUAUGGGAUUGCUAAUCUUUAAAUGAUAGUCCUCUGUUUAUGGUACUUGAGGGUUUCAACAAUACAUGAAUAUGAAGUUUUGGUCUUUAUUAAGCCAGCAACAUUCCCUUGGGCUUAAUGCAGCGUUGUGACAAAUGUCUUCCUGUGGCUGCAGCUUUGUAUUGGUGUGCAUGUUUAUUGUCAAGAGGUACUAGCUCCUGUGUGUGUGUGUGUGUGUGUGUGUGUGUGUGUGUGUGUGUGUGUGUGUGUGUGUGUGUGUGUGUGUGUGUGUGUGUGUGUGUGUGUGUGUGUGUGUGUGUGUGUGUGUGUGUGUGUCAGAGAGAGAGAGAGAGAGAGAGAGAGAGAGAGAGAGAGAGAGAGAGAGAGAGAGAGAGAGAGAGAGAGAGAGAGAAAGAAUAGACAGACAUGCAGACAAAGAAAAAGAUGAACAAGCAUGCUAAAGCAGCUUCUGAUUACCAGAUAUAUCAGCUUAUUGCUAAUAGGCUAAAUUUUGAGAAGAGUUCAGCAAUGUAAUGAGCUAUUACACCUUUAUCAAGAUAAGUAUAUAUAGUAAAUAUAUUGUUUCAAAGUCAUUCCUCCUCUUUUUUUAUUUAAUUCUAUACAAACUACAAGUUCUCACUGAUUAUAAAUACAUAGAUUCUACAAUAUAUACUUGUGUGAACAUUUUUAAUGUACCAUACAAUCUUGGGAGGGAAGUAGAUAAGGGAGGCAAGAAAUUGCUCUCUCCUUGGCACUCAUUGGCCUAGUGAUACAGUGAUGGAUUUGAAGCAUACCUAGUCUUGGUAGAGAGCUGCUAUCUUUCUCUGUGUCUGUGUGUCCCUGUGGCAAGUGUUGUUCAGUGUGUCAUGUGGCUGGCUGGAAGGGACAGCCUUGGCACUCAUCACCUGCAGAGUGAUUAUCUAUUUUGUCUAGUUUUUUACUGUUGCAUCUGUAAUGUUGAAGUUUGCUAAAUAAAGGAAGAAAUGAGA